UUAAAUGAAAGAGGAUUUAACAUCACAUUGUCAAAAUAGGGUACAUAUUACAUGACCUAUUAGAUACACUCUUCAUCCAAAGCGAUUUCCCCUUUAAUAAAUUUGAUUGAAAUUCACUGGACCAGAGUUAAAUUGAAACUAGCUAGAUCAAGAGCUAAACCAUACCGUCGAUCUGUUGAUAGUUGAUUAGCGAUAUAAAUCAAAGGUGACUAUUUGGAUGAGUUAACAUCUGUAAAUGAGUUACUGUAUUUUUUUUCUUUAUCGAUAUAACAAAGCAUCGUGACGCACGGGCGAAACAGUUUUAUUUUGAAAGGCAGCCGGAAGUCCGCCCUCUUUUGUUCUUAUGUCCUGCAUGAUGUUGUCAAGAACGGUCACCCUGCUCCAGGCCGAAUUGGAUGUUCUUCAAUUGUAUCCUGGCGAGGCAAUGAUAUGACACAAGCAUCAAUUUCUGACUUGGUGUCGGAGUGGAGAGAAUUGAAAACUCAAGCUUACCAUCAGACUAAACGGUGACAUCCAGCAGACGUCGAUGAAGGUCCAGCAAGUGAAACAGGGCUAUAAAAUCUGGAAAAGUUGGACAACCUUGCCCAACAACAACUAUUGCCAGCUGACAAAAAUCUGAAAUCGACUCACUGUUCAGUCUACUACAGCAAGCAUUUUAGACGAGAAGCAAAAUCACCCCCCCCCCCCCCCCAGUUUAACUGAGCUUCAAAAAGCUGCUGUCGGAAGCAUGACAGCUGUGGUUAGACGAGCAUGGAGAUGGCUGCGCUCCUGGGGUGGCAGUGCCGUGUCAGACAAAACUGAGGUCAAAAAGGAAAGUGUCUCCAUUGGAAGUACUUUCCGUACCAGAGAGUUUGAGCGACAAAAAGACCAAAAUAGUCCAGGAGAUGAUGAGUACUGGGAAGCUCAGGAGAAGUUACAACCUGUGGAAUUUAAAGAUGUAUGUGCAGGGAAACAAGAAAUGGAAACAACUAUUCAACAUGUUCCAAGAUGGUGGAAUAAAUAUCUUCCGACGUCCUUUCUACCCUGGACAAGGAAAACACAACCAACUAGACGCCUGAAAAAAACCUCUUACAUCCAGAGUGAUGAUGGGGAAUUUUCAGACUAUGGAACACCUCCUCCUUCCCCGACAUCGCAUUCCCAGGUACCGUCGCCCUUUCGUUUGUUUGUGCACAGCUGGAAUGUGGAAUUGUUUCCAGAGCACUAUGAGAUCUGCUUCAACUUCCUCCGCCACCUGUUUGACCUGUUCGUGGUGGGAUUCCUCUGGAUGGUGUCACCUCCCGUCAAGCUGAUCUUGGAAAUUUUGGGGAUUCAAGGACCGCUGCGCCUUUGGCUACAUGGCAUGGCCAUGUUUUUUGUGUCGACAGUGGGAAUGGCUGGACUGCUGUGGCUGAUCCAGGAGCAUCUCCCAGAGUUUGCUUUCAUCUACGGCAUUGUGCAAGCAUUAGUGAUCUCUGUCAGCUUAAAAAAGAGUGUCCUCCUUGGAUUGGAAGAAGAACAAACAGAAGUGAAGGAGGAGAGCAGGGAUUCUGAGGUGACCGAUGAAGACAAUCAAGACAAGAUUUAUGCAAAGGACAAAUUGAAGACAUGUUAGGCUUCAUGGUGGUGAAUUCUUGCUGGCACUGUACUUCUAUAUAUGUGUUGAAGAUCAGAGCAGCAAUGAAGAGUGGGUUGUCUUGCAUCACCCUCUCAAGCUGUUAUGGUUUAAGAAUUGUAUUACACAUUUAUUACAGACUUGCACACUCUUAUUCACGCUACUCAACCUAUCCCACCAUCUACCAAUUGAGGGAACUUUUGCAUGCUCUUGCAAUGCACCUUCAGCCAAAUAUUUGUUGUAUAAUUUAUUGCAGUUUUGGCUAUUUUGUGUCUGCUUUCAUUUGUGUGUACUUUUUUCCUGAGUAGCAAUGACCCAGUCUCUCUUUUGGGUGUAUUUUGAAAAUCACAGUAAGUUCUGUCCAAAAAAGGAGAUUAAGAAAUACAAUGCACAAAGGGGACCAGAGUAAGAGCCACUAUACCAGUAUAUGGAGAAUGGAAACAGCUUUUUUUUUUAAGAGGAAGAAGGAAGCGGAUAAGAUGAAAGUGCCAUGGGCUGUUUUUUUUUCUUAACCAUGACUUGCAAAGCCAGCCAAAAAACAAACCUAUGCUUAACACAGUAUCAUGCAUGGCAGCAAAUCAAAUGUAUCAAUUCAAAAGCUGAGCUUUGUCACUUUUUUUUUCUUUUAAAACUAUAGUGAAACCCCCAAAGUCCAGCGUAUUGUAUUCAGUUUCGCUUGUUGACUUCCAGGUUGUUGUCAUUUGAAAGAUACCCUAGGAAAAUAAAGUCUGUCAUUUCAGCCUCAAACUGUUAACCUGAUAAUAAAACCUUUAUUAAUUGCA